ACACACACACACUUCCCAUCCCACACUGUUCAACUUUAGUGACCUACUCAGCCUUGAGAAAUCCUCUUUCUAAUCUCGGCGCGCGCACCUCCCAAUCCUCCAGUUCUUCUCAGCUUCCUGCUCACCUGUGUUAGCAUGCUAAACAGGAUGCAUGCGGCAAUGCACUUUUCUUGCUUUUAUUCAUUCUCCCCGAGGACUGCUAAAGGGAUUUUUGUUCACUGAUGAUCGAUUGGGAUCUGAUGUGUGUCCGUGACUGAAGGAUGUAUCGUCUGCUGGUGGCCCAGGUUCUCCUGUGCUGCUGGAGUGUUGCACAACCCUUCUGUCCGUCGCAGUGCACCUGCGUGUACCACGGACGCAGCGAUGGCACUGGCAGCAGGUCUGUUUUAUGCAAUGACCCUGACAUGUCAGAUAUUCCAGUCAACGUCCCCUUGGACACGGUGAAGCUGCGGGUGGAGAAGACAGCUGUGCGUCGAGUGCCCACUGAGGCCUUCUACUACCUGUCAGAGUUGCGUUACUUGUGGAUAACGUACAAUUCAAUCACCUCUGUGGAUGCUGGCUGUUUCUACAAUCUGAAAGUUCUUCAUGAGCUACGACUGGAUGGGAACAUGAUUGCUAUCUUUCCCUGGGAGUCUCUGAAAGAGAUGCCAAGUCUGAGGACCUUGGACCUGCACAACAACCGCUUGACUAAUGUUCCUGUGGAGGCAGCACCUUACCUGGUUAACAUCACCUACCUAGAUAUUUCAAGUAACAAGCUAACUACCCUCCCCUCUGACUUGGUGGACAUCUGGCCUCCAUUUUCAGGCAUCCUGCCUAGUGCCAAUGCCUCACAAAAGAUUGUUCUAGGUCUGCAGGACAAUCCCUGGUACUGUGACUGUCGAAUUUCCAAGCUCAUUGAGUUGUCUAAGAUGAGCAGCAUACCUGUGGCGUUGAUGGAUCAGUUUCUAACAUGCAGUGGACCAGAGAACUUAGCUGGUGUCCUGUUCCAGCGGGCUGAACUGGAUCAGUGCCUCAAGCCAUCAGUUAUGAUUUCAGCCACUAAGAUCACGGCAUCACUAGGCAGCAAUGUGAUUCUGCGGUGUGACGCCAAUGGUUUCCCUACCCCCACCCUUCUCUGGACUAGAGCUGAUGGAUCUGCAUUCAACAACACAGUUGUGCAGCAAUCUCCAGGUGAGGGGGUUCAUUGGUCCAUCCUCAGUUUGCACAGUAUCGUGUUUAAGGAUGCAGGCGAUUACCUCUGCAAGGCCAAGAAUGUCGCAGGGAAGGCCGAGGCAUCCAUCACCCUGUCUGUGGAUGGGAUGCAGGCCACAACGCAGUCCCCACCGAUAAGCAUAACCAAGCUGCCCGAUGGUCAACCCGUGACUUAUUUUGUAGGGACUAGGACGCCAUUGUAUACUUCCUUAAGUCCCACACUUACAACCAGAGCUGCCAUGACCACAAUGCCACCGCUGCCAACCAGGAAGAGUCUGAGACCAGGCGAAGGAGUUCAGAGGUCCCCGCCUGCUGGAGACAAACCAGCUAUGGUCCAGCAAAGCAAAGGCGACAAAGGUUUAAUGAUGAGUGACAAGUUCAAAAAGAAAGCUGACAUCAAAGACAUUGAGGUAGUGGAGGAGACAAGUGACACGGCGGUCUUAUUAUGGACCGCUGAAGGUUUUCCAAGCAAUGCGCCCCUAACAGUGGUCUACUUUCCAUAUGAUGCGAAAGAGGAUAAGGAGUCGGUCGAUACGGAAGUUGGUCAAGGGAAGCUGCUCUUGGAGUAUCUGAUGCCUAACCUGCUCUACACGGUGUGUUUGGUUACUAAGGGUUCGGUGUCUGGGAAAGAGCAAUGUGUGGAUUUCAGUACUCUGGAUAACGGUGAUGACGAUGGGCAGAACAAAGUCCUGAUGAUCGCCAGCGGGAUCGCAUGCGCAGUUGCGGUGCCUCUCAUUUUGGUGUUGCUCUACAAGAUCUUGUGUCUGUACUGUAAAGGAAACAGUAGCAGGAACAGUGGACCAGAUGAAGACCUUUCAAAAGAGACGUACGUUAAGUUCGAGACGCUCACCAUGAAACAAAGGACUCUGAACGGGCAGGCGAAUGAUUUGUGGGCACGAAGGCAGACUCAGGAUUCAGAGAGGAUGCUCCUGUGCUCACGUUCAAGCAUUGACUCUCAGAUGACGUACAAGAGUGACAGCUCUAGAUCCGAGUACCUGUGCUAAUAAAUGGCAUAUCGGCUUUGUGUGUUAUCCUUUCCACACACAAGCUGUGGGAUCAUCGGUUUUAAAAGAUAAGCUCUUGAUAUGCUGUCAAACUCAAUGCCUUACUAGAGUUAUUUUGACUCCACGUUGUGUUUUCUGUCUCAUUUCCCAUUUUUAAAAGCCAUAUUCUUCACCCAAUCACACACAAUUAUGUAUUUCUUUUUAUGAAAUGCAGUGUACAUACAUGUAAAUGUUGUGUAUAUUGUAUAUGCCAACGA